ACUCCGAUUGAUUGAGUCAAGUGUUGAGCCGCAAGCCAUCAAGGUGGACGCUUCCCCGGGUUCUCCUAAAAGGCGGAGGAUGACGUUCGACACGGUCACACUUUCCUUCUGCCUUGAUGCAGGAUUCUUAUCUCUCAAGUGCGCAAUCAUGACCAGCCAAACCUCCAGUUCACCACAUGCUCUCGACAAACAUCUCUGAAAGACACAUCAAUCAUGCCAGACAAUACCAAUCAGUCAGUGGCCAAGACGGCGCUCGUCAGUGGAGGCGCUCGGGGUAUUGGACGCUGCAUCGUCCGCAGGUUCCUGGAACGUGGCUACAAGGUCUUCGUCUUUGACAUUGACGAGGAAGAGCUGAAACACACAACCACCGUCCACUUGAAGCAAUACCAUGACAAGAAGCAACUCGGCUCUGCUCUCUGCGACCUGCGCUCGGUCGACGAGAUCCGGAAACACGUCAAGGAGGCGGCAGACUUCCUCGGUGGCAGGAUAGAAGUUGUCGUCAACAACGGUGGUAUUGCGUCGCCUUACUGGAAAGAUGGAAUGGCCAUGGACGACUUCGACACGUACGCUCAGUGGCAGGCAUACAUCGAGACCAACCUGACCGCCCCUUUCGCCGUAUCGCAAGCAUGUCUACCAUACAUGAAGCUCGAGAACAAGGACGACUCACACCACGCUGACGACUCUGACGCCGGACCAUGCGUCAUUCAUGUUGGCUCGUUCCGCGCCGAGAUGAGCGACCCCAACCAAGAAGGCUACGCGAGCAGCAAAUCAGGUCUGGUCGGUCUGAUGCACAGCAUGGCCGUCAGUCUGAGUCGCUGGGGCAUUCGCUGUAAUCUCGUCGCUCCCGGUCGCAUCAAGGUAGCUCACGAAUGCAAGCUGGGAGACGAAAAUAAUGUCGAAUGGCAGCACCAAAACGAGGAGAAAGAUGUGGGCGACCACGCCACAAACAGAGCCGGCCGACCAAAGGAUAUAGCUGAUGCUGUCGAAUACCUCGUCAACGCUGGAUUCGUCACUGGUCAGGUCUUGACGCUCGAUGGCGGCGCCGUCCGUAUGAAGUAGAGAACUGGGCAGGAAGUCGUGAGAAUAUCCAUUAUAUGCCUAACCUCGGCCGAGUUUGAGCUAUGCAAGCCACCUUUCUGGGGAGUUCCGAAGGGGCUGGGCCACCUCCGGAGCGUUCAACCUCCACGUACCUGGUACCUACAUCGAUCGACAAUAUAUAUCAAGCCCUAAUUUCUUGAACCUCGUGAUUCUCUCCUGGGCAUCCUCGUUGCAGCGAGCAAAGCAACGAUAUUUUACGAGCCGUUCACAAAGCUUCUAGAGUGUCAGCCGACAUCGGUAGAUUGUGACAGCGAAAGGGUGAUCUUGAGGCACUCCGGAGGGGAUU